AAUUAUAUUAAAUUAGAAAAUGUACAUGCUAUAUGAUACAAUGAUUGCAAAUGACAUAAAGGACAAAGAACAAAACUUAAAAGCUGAGCUGAAUUUUGAAGCCAUGUGCAGCAUUGUGUGGGGUAAAAAGAGAAAAUGAAGCAAUAUAAUUAUGAAUAACUAAAAAACAACGGUGCCACCAGACAAUUUCAUAUUACGGGAUACGGCAUACCUGUUUCCAAGGGUUCCCCACGGAGUUGUCACCAUCACCACCCCGCUUCUCUAAAACCCUUCUGGAACGUUGCGUCUCUCUCUCACACCCCAAAGCUCUGCCUCUGCCCCCCACUUUCUACGCCCUAUAAAAUCCCUCCUUUUUCCCCUCUUCUCCAUACGCUCAUCAAAUUCACUCAGAUCUUCUCUCCAUAAUUUACGCAACUCCUCUUUCAAUUCAGUUCUCAAACCCUUCCGAUGGACCUAAUUUCGGGUUUGCCUGACGACAUGGCACUCGACUGUUUGAUUCGGGUAUCGUAUCAGCAGUUCCCGGCGGUCGCCUCCGUCUGCAAAGCCUGGAAGACCGAGAUUCAGUCGUCUGAGUUUCGCCGUCGGAGGAAAAUCGCAGGGCACGUCCAGAAGCUUGUCGUCAUGGUUCAGGCAAGAGUUGACUCGGAGAAACCCGGCGCUGGAGCCAUAAAAGGAACGCUGAACCCGGUUUACCGCCUGACAGUUUGUGAGCCGGAGACUGGUCUCUGGAGCGAGAUGCCUUCUAUUCCGGGUUUACAAGGCGGGUUGCCCAUGUUCUGCCAGAUUGCGGGUGUCGGGUUCGAUCUAGUUGUGAUGGGCGGGUGGCGCCCCGAUUCGUGGAAGGCGUCGAAUUCGGUGUUUAUCUAUAACUUCAUGUCGGCGAAAUGGCGCCGUGGGGCCGAUAUGCCCGGCGGGCCCAGGACGUUCUUCGGCUGUGCUUCCGAUUCGCGGCGCUUCGUGUACGUCGCCGGCGGGCACAGCGAGGAGAAGAACGCGUUGAGGUCGGCGUUCGCGUAUGACGUGGCGCGCGACAAGUGGGUCCCGCUGCCUCCCAUGGCAAGAGAACGGGAUGAAUGCAAGGCCGUCUUCCACAACGGGAAGUUCAGAGUGGUCGGAGGGUACUGCACCGAGAUGCAAGGACGGUUCGAGAGAACUGCCGAGGCCUUCGAUGUGGCCACGUGGAGGUGGGACCCGGUGGACGAGGAGUUCCUAGAUUCAGCCACGUGUCCGAGGACCUGCGUCGACGGCGGAGACGACGACGAGAAAGUGUAUAUGUGUGCUCCCGCCGGGGAGGUGAUGGCCCUAGAGGGCGGCACGUGGCGGUCGAUAGCCAAGGUGGGAGAUGAGAUGCGCAGCGUUGCGUAUGUGAGGCCGUGGGAGGGGAAGAUGCUGGUAAUAGGAUCAAGUGCGUACAGUGAACCGCACAUGGGAAUUGUAUUAGACCUGAAAACUGGUCACCGGAGAAAAUUGGAAAUCGCCCAGAACUACACAGGCCACGUUCAGUCCGGUUGUCUUCUAGAAAUUUAAGGGAUUAAUCCCCUUGUUAUGUAAAUAAGCAAGAUUUUGUUUUCUUUUUGGCAUUCCUUCUUUAAGAAAGAAUGUGUCAUAUAGUACAAUGUAGGAUUUUUCUUAAUGACCAAUACAGUCAGCCCUUGCCAUAUUUCAUUUUGUCAUCUCUGGGAAGUAUGGAAAAUCUCAUGUUUAAAUAUCAUUGGAGUUAUAAGAGCCUAAUUAUUACAGAU